AUGCCCGUCCUCCCGCGUCUAUCCAGACGAAUCGCGACAACAACAGUCGCAGCAGCAUCAACAGCAGCAGUCGACACCCGCCUUCUCGAAGCGCGGCAACCUCUCGCCCACGCAAUCCACCGCACCGCGCAAACGCUCGCUACCAACGCCCGAUCACUCCUACAACGACUCCCACACCUCUCGCUCCUCCGCCGCGACCAGAAUUACUACGCAUGCAAAGAACACUUCAUCGAAGGCUGCUACGCCGGCCUCAACUCCGGCCCCUCCCCUGGCGCCAUCGUCGGCAUCGUGCUAGGCAGCAUUGCCGGCUUCAUCCUCAUCCUAUGGCUAUUGUGGGUCAUGAGCACUGGGCAACAAGUCAUCACCGCAACAGCCUUAGAAGAAGACGUCGUAGUAACAACCAGAAGACGGUCUCGAAGUCGAGGCGGCGGGGGAAGUCGCGGAGGCGGAGGGGAGAGACGGAGUCAACGCUCCUCUUACCGCGAGCAGGAGAUGAGACGCACGAGUCCGCGGCGAGAUCGAGUAAUACGGCAGGAGAGGAUUGUGCGCGAUAUUCCGCCGCCGCGGCGGCCGCAGAGGGAGUCCAGCACAUUUCGCGAGAGCGUGGUGAUUGAGCAGAGCAGUCGCCAGCAGGAUCGGAGGGUGGAUGGCGAUGAUGUGGUCGAGGUGAUUGAAGAGCAUUCUUCUACUACCUCUGCCCCGGCGCCCACCUCACCGAGACGGAAGAGCGGCCGCAGAGGUUCAAGGUAUUGGUAA